AUGACUAUUGUCGUGGCAGAAAUUUCUGUUGUCACAGAUGGUGAAUUUGCCGUGGGAAUGGAAUUCAAUUCCAGGGAAGCUGUUAUUAUGACAAUGAAAGAUUAUACUAUCCAAAGAGUUGUAGACUACCGGGUAUAUGAGUUGGAGCCGCUGACAUUUUAUGCCAAGUGUACACAAGCAACCAUUUCUCAAGAUCAUUCGAAGUUGGAUUCAAACACAAUUGCAGAAGCAAUAAAGCCGUUGGUUGAGGAUGACCCCUCGAUAAAGGUGAAAUUAGUUAUUGCGGAAGUGCAGUCGAAGUUCAAUUACACCAUCAACUAUCGAAAAGCAUGGUUGGCUAAGCAAAAAGCAUUCAGACAUUGUAAACCAGUUGUCCAAGUAGAUGAGACUCACUUGUACGGAAAGUAUAAGGGUUUUCUGUUGGUUGCAGUUUCACAGGAUGGUAACAAUAAUAUCGUCCCAAUUGCAUUUGCUAUUGUGGAAGGAGAGACUUCUGAUGCGUGGCACUUUUUUUUGAGUAACCUGCGACAACAUGUAGUGACUUGGGAUGGUGUAGGACUGAUCUCUGACCGACAUGAUUCCAUCAAUGCAGCUGUGGCCCGCAGUAACGGAGCUUGGUCGCCUCCCAAAGCUUUCUACAUGUUUUGCAUCAGGCAUAUAGAGUCGAAUUUUUUGAGAAAGUUCAAGGCACCGUACCUACAAAGACUUGUCAUCAAUAUAGUGGUAUGCAUCAACUCAGUCUUGAAGGGUGCACGCAAUCUCUCCAUCACUGCACUUGUCAAAGCAACUUUCUACAGACUCAACGAGUUGUUCACUCGAAAAAGAGUCAAGGCGGAGGCUCGGAUUAAUGCCGGCCAUGUUUUUUCUGAGCUUGUGACCUCCAAAUUACAUGCGAAUCAAAUUGCAUCAGGAAACAUUCAGGUGAAUUGCUUCGAUAGGCAAAAUGAGGUCUUUGAAGUGCGUGAGAUGCCAAGUGGAAUGGGGUAUGCCAUCGACUUCCGUCGACAACGAUGUGACUGCGGUGAGUUUCAGGUGGACCAAAUUCCUUGUCGACAUAGGUUUGCAUGUUGUGCAAAUCAACGACUAGAUUGGCUAGUGUAUGUUCAUGAUAUGUAUAAGAUGGACCAAGUUCGACGGAUUUACCGAGUCAGGUUUAGGCCACUGGGAAAUCCUACUACAUGGCCUGCUUACAACGGGCCUCGAUUCGUACCGAAUCCGUACCUGAGACAAGUUACCAUAGGUUGUCCAUGGAUGACACGCUUCUUGAAUGAGAUGGACAUGAGAAUGUUACGUCUUCCUAGGCGAUGUAGGCAAUGUGGGGCUGAGGGGCACAGUCAUAAUAGAUGCCAUCAGGCAAGUGGUGUAAGUGCCGGCAAUAAUGCUUAG